AUGUUACAGUCGUCCGAAGACGCUCAAGCACAUUUGGAGACGGGCCAGUCCCUCCUCGGUCCAGGAUGGAGAGAGGUCGAGUCGUUCGAGGAUCUGACGGACGAGGACGAGUACACGACCGACGAGGAGGAGCUUUACGCUGUACUGGACUUUGGACAGGCCAUCGAUCGACAGCAGAUGCAGUCCGAAUCGACAUAUCAGCUUAUCGGCCUGGACACGCCUCUACCGUUCAUCAAGCUCGGUAAUCAGGUAUAUCAGGGCGAAAUGAGCCCAUUGAUUGGCGACGAGGUCAUUCUGGGUAUGGUCCGAGACCCCGCGAACCCGACGAAACCAUCCCACGUCCCACUCCACACUGCCUCGCGACACCUUCUCUUCCGCCCCAUCGUCCUGAAGUCUCAAGCUGAGGCCGAGAUCAAUCCACCACCAGCGACUUCCGACGCGGCGACCCCGGGCGGUCCUAUCCCAGAAGAAGCGACGUUCGCUCUGCCCAAACCGAGGGGGAGGCCCAAGGGCGCCACGAGCCGACCCCGGAUCGUCGUACGCAGCGAGGAGGACGUGCGGAAUAUGGAUAUCGGAUCUCUGCCGGACAACAUCAUCAUCGACAUUGAACCCCUUGCAGUCCAUGGCGAACCCCUCGCGCCCAGUACCCGCCUGACCAAGCUUCAAGCAGAACGUAUCGUCCUCGGCCUGACCGCUCGGAAUCGCAUAAAGCGGAGCCACGAUACCCCGGGUCCGUCGAACCCGGUGCUCGUCAGUCAGGCGGGACGGCGGGCGAGGGAGAGAGCCGCCGCCGCCGCGGGAGUUGGAGGGUCAGGGCAUGAUGGAGAAGAGGCGGAUAUGGAGGGGAAUGCAGAGGCGGGGCCAAGCGAGGAUGUCAUUGUCUCUCGGACAAGGGAUGGAGCACCGCGUGCGCCGAGUAAGGCGAAGGGACAAGGAUAUGGAGGUGAUCGUCCCUGCUCCGGGCGCUGA